GAAACUCUGUGUCUGUUCAUCCGAACUCCACCUGAUAUACCGCUUUAAACAAGGCUUAUCAGCCGCAGAUACAGGACGUUUACCAACUAACAUCGUGCUGCUCCUGCUUCUGCUCUUCUCUGUCCAGACCUGGGUUGUGGCCCUGCUGAGGGCAGGUUGAUUCUAGUGCUGUGUUGGGCUCUGCCUUUUCUCCAGCAACCAUGUCGGGCUUCAAUCUGCUGCAUCUAAUAACCAAGAGUCAGCCUGUGCCUCUGAGGUCCUGCAGUCUCCCCUCAGGAGCCUGCAGGAGUAAGAAGACCUGGCCAGUGAGUUUCCCUCAGGAGGAACUGAGGAAACGCCUCACCCCAAAGCAGUUCCAUGUCACUCAGGAGAGAGGAACCGAGAGUGCCUUUACUGGGGAGUUCACAUACCAUAAAGAUGAGGGAACCUAUCACUGUGUUGUCUGUGGGGGCCCUCUCUUCAGCUCAGAUUCUAAAUUUGACUCACAAUCAGGCUGGCCGUCCUUCUUCGACCUGCUGAAGGAGGAGUCCGUCUCUCUGGCUGAUGAUUUCUCCUACGGCUUACACAGAGUGGAGACUACCUGCAGCCAGUGUGGAGCUCAUCUUGGUCACCUGUUUGACGAUGGUCCAAAACCUACUGGAAAGCGUUACUGCAUCAACUCUGCUUCCCUGGCGUUUCAGGCUACAGGCCCGGCUGAGGGCGGAGCCUCGGCCUCCAGCGGCGCUGCCACUGGCGGGAAGGUUGACCUAUAGGAGCGCAGCUGGCUGCCUGCCAGCAACGGUUAGGGAAAGUCAAAACAGCUCAUUAAAAAGAUGCUUUGUUUUUGAUGUGCUGACCGAACGAAACACCAAUAAAGUUAAUGAAUGUAGCUAAACUGACAUAUUUUGACAGUCUUUGAAACUGUAAUCUGAGGUAAUGGUGAUAUACCAGAGCACUAGAGGGAUAACUCAUCUGCUGAUUUCUACAACAUAGCCGUGGUUCCCAUAGUAACCAAUCGCAGUCACCAGUCACAGUCCCUUUAAUGCUUUAAUGAAGAUCCUUUAGGUCUCUGGUGUGUUUACAGAAAGGAAACGGAAAAAUACUUUUUAAAGGAAGGCUGUAGAUGCUCAGUAUUGGCAUUGCAGUAUGCUCAUGUAAUGUUUUUCAGGACAAGUCAAUGCAUCAUGAGUUUGAGAGGCAAGUAUUGAUGAAGGAGUUUUAGGUUAUGUUACAUGUACCAUUAUUCUUAGCAUAAGUCACUUAAAAGUAGCAUUUUUCCUUGUGUACCCGAUUUUCAUCCUCUGUAAUAUUUGAAUAGAUUUAAGUCAGGAAAUGUUUUAUUUAAACUCUAUUUCUCUAUCUUAGCUGUGCUAGAUCCACAUGCUGUACUCUCUUUUCACAAAUAUAUCCAUAUGUGUCUAACAACAAGCCUUCCAGACAGAUUUAGCUAGCGUUUGACAUUACUGCAGGAAUCUGUAGAGUGAGGUUUGAAGGCAGGGUUUUUGGACGGACACAACAGCAAAGAUGAUGAAGCAUCUUUCUUCUGGCGUAUAUCCAUAUGUUCACUGGAUAUGAUGUGCGUCAUCAUAUGUUCAGAUCCACAUGAAGACAGUCUGUCUUCAGCUGUGUUAACAUAUCCAGUCAGGGUGAAGAGAAAGGAAACGAGGUUCAACCAGCAAACACUUUUCUACUCCGUUGUUUAAACACAUAAUUAUAAUUAUGCUUUAAAACAAUCCUAAGCCUUCUCUGAGUGAGUCUGUCAUACAACAGAGUCUUCAGUCAGAGGCCUCUUAAGAUUCUCUGUAAAUUCCAAAAAAUCUUGAAUUAAUGUAAGUUACAACAACAUUUCAUUUCCCUUUGGAAUCAAUAAAGUAUUUUUGAAUUUUGAUUCGAACUUAAAACAUGAGUAGAAUCUGUUAACAGCCAGAUCUUACGUUACAGAACCUUAAGUCUUGGCUUUGUUUGUGCCAUGGCUGCAAAUUGUGGAUCUGUAGGUUUAGUUACGCUGAAUUUCUCUGAUUUGUAUUAGAUUAAUUCUGAAUGAUAUUGCACUGAGAAGAGUAAUGAAAUAUCUAUGCAAGUUUUUGAUUUCAGUGUGAAGCAUAUUGGAACACUAAUGGGUUUUGAGCUGCCUUUUUAGGUCAGAAAUAUUUUGUGUUUUGAUUUUAAGUGUAGCCACUUUUAUCUUUACAGUUUCAUCUGAACACCUCAUCAAACUGGUGAAUAAAAUAUAUUCAUAAAAAGUC